ACCGGUUGGAAGCUGAACGACCAAACUCAGGAAAGCUAGUGAUACCACAAAACAACUGCAGUCGUGAUUGCUCACCGGAAAAGCAAACCGGAUGUACACGAAGACUAGAUCAGUUAAAGCUGCGUACCUUCUCAAUAUCCAAAGUUAUUGACGACAAUUGUGAUUCCAAUGCAGCCGAUUCGCUUCAUUGAAAACUCACAUUCCAAGUGGGUCAGCAUCAAGAGAUCAUUGAAUGCCCUCGAGACCUCAAAGAACUCCACUCGAUUGGUCGACUAGGCUUACUAACUCUUAUCACACUCUGGUGGAACUGGAUCCCGAAGACAACAUCGACUCAACACUUUUGUUUCGAAGGCUAAAUGACACGGUCAGUGCUGCAGGACUGAGGAUGAACUGGCAGCUGAAAAACGCCUUAAAAGCCGAAGCCAAACGAGGCUUUUGAAGCACAGACUACCUUAAAAUGAACCGAGUUCAUCAUCGUCAAGAUGAACGAUGAACAGGAUUGAAGGUUUCUUUGGGUUGAGAACAUGCCAAUGGAAAGACUUGCCGUCGUGGCUGCUGUUCAAACUGCCAGGUUGAGUCAGAAUGGUGGAAACGGGAGUUCCUACACUGGAUACAUUUUUCACGGCUACAAUAUGUCGAAUGGGGCUGGUGGAAGACAAGGAAGCUAUGAGACUAAUCUUCAUGGGAACGUAAACAUUUUGCUCGGAGGAGCUAUGAUGAGCGGCGUCAUCAUAGUCGUCAUUCUCAUAUGCUAUUGUUGCCACAAAAACAUAAGAAAACACCGACCUCAAGAAUAUUCGCAAUACUGGAGAGCCGAACCUGAUGUUCACAGCCUCGAGGUCUUUACGAUGGACGCUCACGCGAUGCAAUGCUGCGAACGGGCGGUUGGCACGAACUUGGAGGAGGCUUCGGUUUCUCUGCCUUGUCCAAGUACACCCGGGCCACCACCGGCCUACGAGAGUCUCAUUUUCAAUCCCCACUCCCUUCCAUCCCCCAGUGGCAAGAAGGAUGAAGCCUCCAGUCCUGGCUACAUACUUCCGGUGCCGAUGCAGCCGGAAAUUGGGCAUCGGACGAAAAAUGAAUUUCCGGUUAAAGAAGAUGAGGAUUUGCCUUCUUACGAAGCGGCCUUGAAACUCGAAGCCAAUGGAUACGUCUAGAGGUCCUGAGAAGUACAACGAUCCCUCUCAUCCUCCAGGUUUUUUUCCUACAAACGACAAGAGCCCAUGGAAAUUGGCAUUUCCCAGCAGGAUCGGCUUCCAUAAGCUAGGCACUGAGCUAAGUCGAAUCUCGGAGCUUUUCAAACGAAAAUUUCUUCGAAGCAAGACACGAUCGGAAAUUUGAAAAUUUACUUGAAAAUACCAAAACUUCGAUCGUCAAUAAAUCUUUUCGUUUUAGUUUUUUGAGCUCUAAUUAAAAACUACUAAGCUGAAUUUCGAGGUCGUGAAGCCUCCAUUUUUUUCCUUCAUACGAAAUGCAAUCAUAAUCUCAUUUUUUCUUGUACAAUCAUAAUAAUGUUAAAUUGUGUCAUUAUCUGUAGGUAUAAGGAAUAAACAAAUAAGAAAACGUC